AUGGCGAUGAUGAUGACUGGCCGUGUGCUGCUGGUGGUGUGUGCCCUCUGCGUGCUGUGGUGCGGUGCUGCAAUGGUGAUGGCGGAGGCCAAUGUCGAUAAAAGUACCGAAAUGAAAAAAGAUGAAUCAUUUGAAAGUUCAGAGCUUGUUGCUGGUAUUGUUAGUGCUGAACAACAUGUAACGCAGGAUUCAGUCAGGGAAGUUUCCGAAAACGGUAAGCAGUCUUUGGGUGCACAAACGGGAAAUGGCAUCAACCAGGAUAAUGGUGGGAUCAUAGCAUCACCAGCAAGCACAGUGAGAGGGGAAGAAGAAGAAGAAGAAGGGGAAACCGAAGAAAUUGAGGAACUCACAAGUUCAAUUGAAGGCGAAGAAACAUCCCAAUUAACAUUGACGCAAGAAGGAGUACCACCACCAUCGGAACCAUUAACAACGACACUGAAUGGAAACCCAGCAGGAACUUUAAAUGCAACACCAGCGAAAGGACAGUCCAGCUCUGAUGACGGCUCCGCCCAGGAAGAAGGACUCAAAUCACCAACACUAAAAGCACCUGCAGCACCUGCAGCACCUGCAGCAGCGGCAGAGGCAACAACAACACAAACAAAAGAUGAAAACCCCUUCCUUGCAGAUGACCCUUUAGUGCAACAUGUAGAAGCAUCUCAACACGACAUGGAGUCAAGAAGUGCCUCACGAAAAGAAGGAUCCAUCCCCACCACAGUCACCAAAACAGACGGACCAACAGAAGUUAACGCCGAAUCAACUCCAACAUCACCCUCAGCUUCCAAAGGUGCCAUUACAAAUGACGCUGACGAAGGAAAUGAAGAAGGCAUUCCAAAACAUGAUCAAGCACCUGAUGGUGAAGCGACGAAAGAAGCACAACAAGGUGAAAAUAAAGAAGAAAAUGCAAAUAAAACAGCAACUCUCGAAGCCGCAGCUAUAACAAAUGAUACUGCGACUAUUGGCGACAGUGACGGCAGCACUGCUGUCUCCCACUCCACCUCCCCUCUUUUGCUACUUCUUGUCGUUGCGUGUGCUUCUGCGGCUGCGGUGGUGGCCGCGUGA